GACAUUUAAUGGAUAGAAAUGAUUGUGAACUUCGUGUAUAAAAUAUUUACAAUCUCUUUGCAAACAACCUCAUACAUACUUGUGAGUGUAUACCUCUACCUACCCCAUACAUACUUGCGAGUGUAUAGCUGUACCUUCCUGAAAGUCUAAUCACUUCGCAAAGGGAUUUUGCGGAGAAGGACCUGGCUGGGUUUAUUUUCCGAAUUGCAGUCAGCGCAGAGUUGAGAGAGAGAGAUUCAAAUUUUCCAGCUCCAUCAAAUGCCUGACCAUCUUAAUGUGGUUCAGUCUUUCGAUUGAGACUAAACAUCAGCGUACUUGAGAGCCCAAGAUAUGGGAACUCUGCACGUCUCUAGAGCUCAUCUCACCUGUCCUUCACCAUGUGAGAAACAGCAGGAAAAACCCAUUAGAACUGAUGCAAUUUUCUUCAAACCCACCUUACAUUCCCAUAACUCCUGUCCCUACUUGAGACCCAUCAGGACGCAUGCCGUAAAACACCAGGAGUCAAGCUCCAAUGCUCAACAAUUCUCGGCAAAUAUAAAUAAAGAAGUUUUGAUUUUAUGUAGAGAUCGGAAAUUAAGGGAGGCCAUGGAUUUUGUCGAUGCUCCUGGGCUAGAUUUGGAUACUUAUUCUUGCCUUCUGCAACUCUGUGCCGACUGCAAAUCGCUCUCAGACGGCAAACGAAUCCAUUUGAAAAUAGCUUCUUCUGGGAUCAAAUUAGACAGCACUUUGGGUGCCAAGCUGGUGUUCAUGUAUCUAAAAUGUGGGGAUUUAAAUGAGGGACGAAGAGUUUUCGACGGGAUCGCAAAGGAGAACACUUUUCUCUGGAAUAUGAUAAUGAAUAAGUACACAAGGAUUGGAAACUACAUGGAAAGCUUCUCCAUGUUCCAAAAGAUGAUUGUCUUAGGAUUCAAGCCUGAUUCUUUUACCUUUACACGUAUUUUGAAAUGUUGUGCCUCAAUGAAAAGUAUUAGGCACGGUGAGCAAGUUCAUGGUUACAUAAUCGUGACAGGGUUUGAAUCUUUUACAACAGUGGGUAACUCGCUUAUAUCUUUAUACUCGAAAUGUGGGCAGACAGGAGCCGCAAGACUAGUGUUUGAAGAGAUGUCUCAGAGAGAUAUUAUAUCGUGGAAUUCAAUUAUUGGGUGUUAUAUAUCGAAUAAUAUGACUCGAAAAGGAAUAGAAGCUUUUCGAGAAAUGCAGGAUUGUGGAUUUCUACCUGAUCCAGCUACCUUGGUUACUCUAAUUCCAGCUUGUGCAGAGUUGGGUUGUUUAGUUCAGGGGAAACAGCUGCAUGCUUAUGUUUUUAAAAGUGGUUCGGACCGAGAGAUCAAUGUCUUGAAUUCUUUAAUAGACAUGUAUUCAAAGUGUGAUUGUUUUAGUUAUUCUAUGAAGGUGUUUGAUAGAAUGCUUCAAAGAACUGCUGUGUCUUGGACUUCUAUGAUACAAGGCUAUGGUGGACAGGCACAGUUUCAAAAGGCGAUUGAAAUGUUCUCUGAAAUGGAAACAGAAGGAGUUAAGCCCGACCUUUUCACCAUUACUAGCAUCAUACAUGCGUGUUCACAUGGUGGGUCUCUAGAUCAUGGCAGGGCCAUCGAUGCUUAUGUUAAGAGAAAUGCUUUGGAUUCAGAUCUUUUUGUUGCUAAUGCUCUUAUUGACAUGUAUGCAAAGUGCGGCAGCAUGGCUGAUGCUAGGCGUGUAUUCAAUGGCAUGAAUUUCAAAGAUAUCAUCUCAUGGAAUGCCAUGAUUGGUGGUUGCACCAAAAACUGCCUCCCUAAUGAAGCCCUAGGCCUAUUUGCCCAAAUGCAACAUGAGACGCGGCCUAAUUCGAUAACCAUGGCAUGCAUUCUCCCUGCUUUAGCAGGCCUAUCUGCCUUUGAAAGAGGCCGAGAAGUCCAUGCCUAUACAAUAAGAACCGGUGCUUUCUCAGACAAGUUUGUGGCCAAUGCCCUCAUGGAUAUGUAUGUGAAAUGUGGGAUCAUGUUAUAUGCCCGAUCCCUAUUUGAAAGGAUGGUUGAGAGGGAUUUGGUGUCAUGGACUGUGAUGAUCGCGGGGUACGGCAUGCAUGGUCAUGGCGAGCAUGCCAUCAUGCUUUUCACUCAAAUGCAAGAGGCCGGAAUCAAAUUGGACUCAGUCGCCUUCACCGCAAUCCUCUAUGCAUGUAGCCAUGCGGGUUUGGUCAUGGAAGGCUGGAAAUUCUUCGGGGCCAUGAUGCAUGACCAUGGCAUUGUGCCUGAGCCUCAACAUUAUGCAUGCAUGGUCGAUCUUCUAGGAAGGGCAGGACAUUUAGAAGAUGCAUAUAGGUUCAUCAAGAACAUGCCAAUGGAGCCCGAUUCCACAAUAUGGGGUGCAUUACUCCAUGCAUGUAGGGUCCAUCGCAAUGUGGGGCUCGCUGAGAAAGUUGCAGAGCACGUAUUCGAAUUAGAACCGGAAAACACAGGGUAUUACGUGCUCUUAUCAAACAUAUAUUCAGAGGCAGAGAAAUGGGAGGGGGUGAAGAAGAUUAGGGAAAAGAUGAGCAAGCGAGGGCUACGUAAGAAUCCGGGCUGUAGUUGGAUGGAGAUAAAAGGGAGGGUCCACGUCUUUGUUUCGGGAGAUAGGUCGCAUCGUGAAGAUAUGGAAAUGCGGAUGUUAAUGGAGUCUCUAAGAUUGAAAAUGGAGGCGGAAGGUUAUGUUGUUAAGAGGAGGUAUGCUUUGUUGCUGGGUGAGGAUGAGAAGGCUAAGGGAGAGGCCCUUUGUGAGCAUAGUGAGAGGUUUGCCAUUGCUUUUGGGCUAUUGAAACUGCCAAAGGGUGCAACCAUUAGAGUGGCUAAAAACCUUAGGGUGUGUGGAGAUUGUCACGAAGUUGCAAAGUUUGUUUCUAGAGAGAUGGGGAGAGAGAUUGUGCUCAGAGAUCCUAAUCGGUUCCACCAUUUCAAGGAUGGGAGGUGCUCUUGUAGAGGAUAUUGGUGAUCAAACCUAUAGUUUUGACCAUUCCAUCUUUGGAAACGCCGGAUCGCACUUGUACAACGUCGAACUGCUCACUUCAAAACAUCAGACCGUUACUUCAAAAUGUCGGACUGCCCUUCAAAAUGCCGGACCGCCAUAUCAAAAAGUUGGACUACUCUUUCAAAAUGGCGGACUACAACUUCAAAACGUCGAACCGUCCAUUCCAGCAAAAAAUAAUCAUCGGACUGCCACCAUGAAAAGCCGGACCGCCACCAUGAAACGCUGGACUGCCUGUUUAAAAUGCCGGACUGUCUUCUCCAAUGAAAAUAAUUUGUUAUGUGAGGGAAGGGUAAUUUUCAUUAAAAAAAAUGAACUUUUGUAGGGAAUAUUCGCUAGGAAAAGUUGGGUGGGUAUGGGUUUUUUUUUUGCAAUUUUCCCUUUUUUUAUUUGAAUUAAUUGAUGGAAAAAUAAUUUAUGAAGUGGUGGAUAGUGGUUCUAGCACCUUUCAUAUGAUUUUGAUGGCCUAUCUAUGAAAUGGACGGCUCAUAUCUCUCACCCCACAAGUCAUCAAAGAUCAAUGGUGCAUAUUCAAUAUCACAUGAAGAAGCAAGCUAUGGAAAACACUAAGAAAUCCUACAACCCUUGAUGCACUAUAAAAGGGGAGCACCCUACCUAAUAUGCUCUACUUCUAAAGUUUCUAUCUCUCUCAUAUUUCUCGUAAGGGUAUGCCCCACUCUUAGAAACCUCUCUCUGAUUCUCUUGGAAAGUUUCUCUCUCUUUCUCCCCCUUAUGAAAAUCAAG